AUGAAACGCUCACUCUGCCAUCAAUGGCUGACCCCUCUCCUCCAUGCGAGAAUCACUCUCUCCACCGCCCCACACCAAUCCCAUUUCUUCGCUUCAAGCCCAUUCUCUCACCGCCGUCGAGGCCUCUCUCGCUUCGCUCUCUCAGUCUCCGCAUCGCGCAGGCGCGGUGUCGCCACCGUCUCCGUCCCAUCCGGAGAACCCGGCAGACCCGCCUGGUAUUCCACGGCCCGAAGCAUCGGUUUUAAAGAGGACCCUCUUCAGGUGGUUUCCUUUUUCAGCGACGCACAAAGGUUCGAGCGAAGCGGGUGCCUUUGGGACCCUUACGUGUAUGCUUCGCUGAUCAAAGCCUGCAGCAAGUUGUCUGCCACUUUGUUGGGAAAGUCGAUUCAUUGCUGGGUUUUGAGGUGUGGUUUGGGCGAUAAUGUGAAUGUGUUGAACAGCUUGAUACACUUCUAUUUGAGCUCGAGGAGGUUUGCGGGUUACGCUCGUGCGUUGUUCGAUGGAAUUCCUCAGAGAACUGUCGUCACGGUGAACUGCAUGAUUUCUGGGCUUAUGAAGAAUGGGGAUUUCACUGCUGGGUUGAGUUUGUUCAGACGACUUCUGGGUUGUUCUUUUGGGGUGGUUUUGAAGCCAAAUCAUGUCACUUUGGUGAUUGUAAUAGGCGGGUGUAUUGAAGUUGGGCAAUUUGAAGUGGGGAAGGUCUCUCAUGCUUAUUCUUGGAAGAUGGGGUUGCUUCUGAUGAUCGAGGUGUCUAAUGCUCUUGUGGAUUUGUAUGCGAAAUCAGGGUUUAUGGAUGAUGCGGACAUGAUAUUUAGAACUAUGGUAUGCAAGGAUUUGAUUUCGUGGAAUACUAUGCUUGCAGGGUAUGCUAGGGAUCAUAACUUCACAAAAGCUCGGGCUUUGUUCAAGGAGAUGAGAGCCCAAGACAUGCUGUGUGACAGAGUGUCAUUGAUUAGCAUGCUCGUGGCUUGUGCUAAUAGUAGGAAUUCUGAUACGGGGAGAAUAAUGCAUAAUUUUAUAAAAACAAGGGGAGUAGAGGUGUCAGGUGCCCUUGGGGCCGCACUAAUUAGCAUGUAUUCCAAAUCUGGAUUGAUAGACUAUGCUAAAAAUGUUUUUGAUGAAUUACAGCGUCAUGAUCUCCCGUCAUUGAAUUCCAUGAUUCAUGCUUAUGUAGAAUAUGGACAUUAUCUCGAGGCAAUUAGCCUCGUCCACGUGAUGCGUUCUAGUAAACUAAAGCCAGAUGAAAUGACAAUGCUAGGUCUGAUCUCUGCUUGCCGAAAUUUUGGAGAGCUGUGUCACAGUAUCAACAUCGAAUCCUUUUUCAAGCAGAAUGAUCAUCUCCACGAAAGUUCUGUAGUGCAAAAUGCGUUGAUAGAUAUGUUCGCAAAAUGCAGCUGCAUGCCUAAAGCUAAAGCUGUUUUCCGGAAGAUGGUCAAGAGGGAUAUUGUCUCAUGGACAUCAGUUAUAGCAGGUCAUGCCAUUAAUGGCGAAGGAAGGGAAGCUCUUGCUGCUUUUCAGCAAAUGGUUGCUGCAAAUGUUGUGCCAAACUCUGUUACAUUCAUCACAAUUUUGUCAGCAUGUGCCCAUUCUGGCUUGGUUGAUGAAGGUCGAAUGUUGUAUGACACUAUGCGUCACGAGUACCAUAUUGAACCCGAGAUCGAGCACUGUGGAUGUAUGGUCGACAUGUUUGCACGAGCAGGUCUAUUGGAGGAGGCAUACAAGUUUGUGACCAACAUGCCUGUAGAGUGUAAUGCUGUUAUUUGGAGAACAUUAAUAAGCGGGUGUAGAGCUUAUGGUCAUUUUGAUCUGGGGGUAGACUUGGUAAGUAGGCUCAUGGAUGGAAAGACACAGAAGGACAGUCAGGAUCGUGUUGCUUCGUCUAAUAUUUUUGCUGAAGCAGGGAGAUGGAACGAUGUUCUCAAGGAAAGAGGCUCAAUGGCUGCACGAAAAGCUCAAAAAACGCCAGGGAAAAGCUUUGUACCGAGUUUAACAUAG